CUUAUAUCAUGACGUACUACUACGAUGACUGUCCCGCAAGUACCUCCCAACUCCAGCCCUCCCAUGCAAUAUUACAGCCAGACGACCCAGCAAACGCCGAACCUGCACGUCGUCGACUAGCUUCAAAAUCCCGCUUUCACUUGUUCGCUUCGUUGCGCAGAGUGUGCUCAAAGAAGAGGCUCAAUCCGCACCUUAAGGGACCCCCCAUUCUGAAGGAUAACCGUUUACUGUCGCAAUCUGAAGAUGACACUCGGAGCAUAACGUUAAGUGCAGAGAGACUUCCAGACUCCUCAGAAGAACAGGAUACAUAUCGUUGGGCUGUCCUAUAUGAAAACCAGAGAGGAUUGACCAUCUUCUCGUCGCCUUAUUACUCUAGCCUAUUUCUUCUCCCUACUGACCCCUUUCCCUUUACUAUUCCCAAGGCAAGCACAAAACGUUCGCAGCAGCCGAAUGUCUCACUCAGUAACUAUCCCCUUCCCGAUGCAACAUGGCAUUGGGUGUCUAAGGCAUGGUUGAUUGACAUGCGCACGGAUCUCGGGGAGGUGCAGCACGACGGAUUUGAGUACAACUGGUCGUUCCGCGAAAAGCACUGGCGCGCGGAGAUUGGACCCCUCAGCGCCGGCGCGUGGGUGAGACGCAGAAGGUGGAUUAGACUUAUGAUGCGACCAGCCAAUUGGAAAUCAGACUUCCUCGGGUCGGCCGACAAUCACUUUGAGGGUCUGGCGUCUCUGCUUCCUCCUGCCGCACGUUCUUCGGAGACAACGCUGGACUCCCUUGAGCACAAGGCAGGUCCUCUAUGGCAGGGAAUUCCGCAAGUAGAUUGGCAGCAUUGUUAUAGCUUGAUGAAGCAUCUUGGCUCCGACGGACGCAAACUUGAGCUUUGGCGCACCUGGCUUGAUCCCUACAUUACCCAAGACACUCGCGACCUAAAGGGCAAGGGUAAGCAAAGUAAUGGAGACCAGUCAUGUUGUCCCUCCAAGGCAAUGCAUUGCAACAGUCAGCUACUCAGGGGAAACCCGCCCCCGUUGCCGUACCUGUCUACGAUGCUUCAAAGCCACGCGAAUUCCAUUAUUCGAAUGUUUGUCUUUCCUGACUCUCGCGCACAGUUCCUCGAGUUGCUAAGGCUUGCUGGACUAUUGGACGACCUCAGAAAAAUGGAGAAUAUAUACCCUGAGGUCGUGGACUUCUGGAGUUACGCAGGUGGUUUCAACAAAUUCCUAGAGAGUAGUGUUUGAUCUCCCCCAUGAAACCAUGAUGAGUAGAUAGUGAAGUACCAG